UACAGAACAGGUCAAAAUAAAGGUUGAAAUACUGCAUAAUUCAAACAUCAUUUGUUGACAAAAUGGCAAUGUCCUUGACCCCUGAAGAAACGUCACGAUAUUAGGCCUACAGAAUAUGGAAUAAAUACCGUAUCUAACGGGAAGGUAGUGUAUGAGAACAGGGCAGAAUUGUAUCCGCAUAUAUUUCAUCUGCAUAACAUAAUUUUGACACGUUUAUAAGCCGAAGAAUGGUCCAACCAAAGUAGAUUCGAAUGUCGUAAAUUUCUAGCAAAUGUCGUUGAAAAGUCGGAUUCUGGAACAAUCAAAAUAUUACGAACGUGGCAGGCAAAUGUGAUGUUUUGAAGUCAUUUUAGCUGAUAUAUGUCAUUUGUCGGCCACAUGAUGGCUAGGAGUCGAACAAUCCACUAAAAACUACAAGACAAAGAGAUUAUUAUUAACAAAGACUAAGAAAUCCUAGGAUAUUAUAAAAAUGGCUGGAAUGCCAUUUGUGGCUGAUGUCUCAUACUAUCCAGCAGCUUGUAUAAGUUGCUUGUUCUUCCUGUUCUCCUUUAAGAUUGUCAGCCCUAAGUUAUCGCAGACAUGGAUUCCUGGAUAUAAUUUCCUGGCACCUGAUAAACAGGUGGAGUGGAACUCUCGAAUCAAUUCCAACGUCCAUUGUGCUCUUGUUAACACCAUGGUUGUGUAUGCAUUACUGAUGGAUGAUGAGCUGCAUAGAGACCCCAUCUGGGCUAACUCAGCGGUGGUGAAAUAUGAAUGUGCAAUAGUGGUAGGAUACAUGGCAUCGGAUCAGAUCAUAAUGUCUGUAUACCACUUUGCCACUGGGAGUGAAUACCUGCUCUACCUACUGCACCAUGGUGCCACCAUAUAUGCUUAUUACUAUGUCAUGACUUAUUCUACAUUUCCCUACUUUGCCAAUUUUCGUCUGUUGUGUGAAUUUUCGACUCCAUUUGUAAACCAAAGAUGGUUCAUGGAUGCACUUGGUUGUAAACGAUCAUCACCUGCAUUUAUAGCAAAUGGUCUGGGGUUGACAGUAGCCUUCUUCCUCGUCCGCAUUGCUAGCAUCCCAUUCUAUUGGCACAAAGUUUAUACUGUAUAUGGGACAGACUAUUACUGGAGUGUAGGGAAUAUACAUUAUGUCAUGGUGACGUCAUGCGUAACACUUGACAUACUUAACGUAUUCUGGUUCUCAAAAUUACUUAAAGGAGCACGGAAAGUUUUAAUGAAUAAAAAUCAGAAUACAAUACAGGCAAAAAUGAAUUAGAUGGCCAGCAGGAAGAAAAACUUCCUGUAAAUAAACCAUUUCAUCUUGUAUGUACACAUUCAAUGCAAUAUUUUAUAAGAUAGCAAGGAAUGAGAGAGAGAAUAUUAAGGUAUCGUUUGUAUUGUCAGAAGUGAAGUCGUAGCCAUAUAUGGGAUACUUUGUGUUUUGAUGAAAGUCUCUCCUUAUCUUUCAAGACACAUAUUCUAUUUCAGAUGUUGAUUUUCUUGAGAUAUAUCAAAAAUGUAUUUUCACACAAAAUGAACUACUGUAAACAGAAUGUAUCACUUUGUGCAAGUUGUAUUAUUUAUGAAUAUCAGAUUGAUAAACAAUAUGAAGUUAUGUUUUAGUCAUAAUUACCUUACAUACAUAUGAUUUUUGUUGUCGAAUUACACAAAAACUUUACUACAUGUAUUACUUGUAUUGGUAUGUUAUAAGCCUGGUCAUAUGGUUGACUAUAGAAUAUAAUAGAUUUAGAUCAUCUCAUUGAAUACUAGGGGAUCUGGACAAGAACACAUUUUUUAUUUUCCUUCCUGUGUAGGAAAAUCUUUAGGCCCCUCCCAGAUCCAACAGUGUAUUUUGAAUCAUGAUUCUUAUGGUCAUACUAUC